AUGAAUAAACAAUUGAAGGAAUUCCAAGAAUACCUACCCAAAUGUCGGAAAAUUAUUGCAUUAGUAGGUGCCGGACUUUCUGUAUCUUCAGGAUUACCGACAUUUAGAGGCUCACAGGGUUUAUGGAAAAAUUUCAAUAUGAUAGAUUUAGCUACUCCAGAUGCAUUUUAUAUUGAUCCAGGGUUAGUUUGGCAAUUUUAUUCAUGGAGACGAUAUGGUGCAUUAAGAGCCAAACCAAAUAAGGGACAUUAUGCCUUGAAUAAAUUAUCUCAAAAAUUCAAUUCUGAUGAAUAUAUCACCAUUACACAAAAUGUUGAUGGAUUACUGAGUCGAAGUGGUCAUAAUCUUGAUAGUUUAUAUGAGAUUCAUGGAUCAUUAUUUGAUUUGAAAUGUACUAGUUUUAUGUGUAAUUAUGUUGAUCAUAAUAAUUUUAAACAACCAUUGACUAAAGCAUUGGAGGAUACUGAAUUUGAAUAUAGUAAUUUGAAUCCCAGAAAACGUCCUCUUAAUGAUAACGAUAGCAAUAGCAGUGUUGAUAUUUCAUUAUCACCACAAUUCAAUCAAGUGAAAACAAUACUGGAGAAAGAUUUACCAUUGUGUCCUGUUUGUCAUGACUUGUUGCGACCAGGAGUAGUUUGGUUUGGUGAAUCAUUACCUUUGAAUUUGAUUACUGAAAUAGAUAAUUUUGUUGAGCUGGACCCAUCAGUUGAUUUGAUUUUGGUUAUCGGAACUAGUGGUACCGUUUAUCCUGCCAAUAGUUAUGUUGAGAGAGUGAGGUUGAAAGGUGGGAAAGUUGCAAUAUUCAAUACUGAUAUUGAAGAAAACAUUCUCAAUAGUAAAGUCAAAGAUACUUGGGGGUUUAAAGGUGAUGCUGCAGAAUUGUUACCUAUUGCAUUAAAGCCAUUGAUUGGUGACAUAUAG